GAAGGCAACUUCAGAUGUGUAUCUAGAAGUGCCUCAUUGUGUAUGCAUAUUCCAUUUAUGGAAUAACAUAAAGUUGAGGUUCAAGAAGAGCCAGAAGAAAAUAAGGCCCAUAUUUUGCUAUGGCUAAGUUACACAUAAUUGACGAAUUCAACCAACACAUGGCAGAAAUAUGUAACCUUGAUGGGAGUGUGAAACAAUACUUAUUCAACAUUGGAUAUGAUAGGUGGUCCGUAGCGCAUUCAAUAGUUAACAGGUCCAUGGUGAUGACUUCAAAUAUUGCAGAAUCUAUGAAUUCUACAAAUAAGGCGGCGAUGGAUCUACAUAUAUACAAUCUUCUUGACUACUUGAUGAAGUUGGUUGCGUCUUGGAGUAACACAAACAGAAAUGGAGCAAUGGCAACUAGUACAACGCUUAGUACAAAAUAUGAAAUAUUUUUUAUGGAUAAAAUCAUUGCGUCAAGAAGUAUGACGGUUAUACCAUCAAAUGAUCACUUGUUCACAGUCGUUGAUGAUGGUAGGCGAUUUGUGGUGUGCAUGCGGGAAAGACAAUAUAGUUGCAGAAGGUUCCAAAUGGAUGUGAUACCAUGUGAGCAUGCAUUGGCAAUUGUGACUAAAUACCACAUGGAUGAAUACCAAUAUUGCUCGGGAUAUUGUAGCAAGGAUUACAUGUUAAAGACCUAUGAAGUUUUGGUUAUUUAUCCAACUCCUGAUGAAAGUCAAUGGGAAAUUCCUAGAGAUGUCUUAGGGGAUGUCGUUAAACCACCAAAAGUAAGAGUUAAAUCUGGAAGGCCAAAAAAGAUGAGAAUGAAAGGUGCCGGUGAAUUUCAAGCAAAAAGAUGUAAAAUUACAUGUAGUUUGUGUGGACAACAAGGUCACAAUAAGAAAUGAUGCAGGAAUCCUCCUAUGAAUGUUUCGCUCUUAUGCUAGUUUGCUAGUGGUAUUUUAUUUAGUUUGACAAC